CAAGUUGAAAGUAGAAAGUUGUAAGUUGUGCUGCCAGAGAGACUAGUAAAGGUUUACAGAGUUUAGACUCAAACACCAAAGAUGAAGUAUCUCUUUUUUAUUUGUCACCUGUUUGUCCUUUAUGGGACAUCUGUAAGUGUGACAAGAGAAUACUUUUUUGUUUCUGAUCGGAAGACCUUGACUACAGCUCAUGACUAUUGCAUACAACACUUUGGGAAUUUGGCUACCAUCACUUCUGAAGAGGAAAACAACAAAGCUCUGUUGGUUACAGGACAAAACCUAGCUUGGAAUGGGCUUAUCAGAACUGCACCACAUGUAAAGAACUGGACAUGGGCUGAUGGAGAUACAUCAAAUUUCACAAAGUGGUUACUUGGCGAGCCCAAUGAUGUUAAUGCAGGAGAGAAUUGUGUUGUUAUGGAUCAAAAUGGCUGGCGUGAUACUAGCUGUAAUCGAGAAUUUCCUUCCGUUUGUUCUAGGAGUUUCAUAUUUGUGAAUGAGAAAAAAACCUGGGAGAUGGCUCUUCAGCAUUGCAGGACUCAAUACACUAGCUUGGCUUCUAUGGAAUCAGAUAAAUCGCUUCAAUAUUAUCAGACACUGCUUAAAACAGAAACUCAACCCGCAACAGUGUGGAUAGGCCUGCGAUUCCUUGGUGGAAAAUGGUUCUGGGUGAACGGGAUGCUGCUGGGGAGCAAUGUACCUCUAAAUCAAUGCCCAAUCAAGCCGUAUAGCUGUGGUGCCUUCAACUUCAACACAUUAGUCUGGGAGAACAGAGACUGCAAUGAGGAGCAUAAUUUUCUCUGCUAUCACAGACGAAAUAACUCUCUGGAAUAUUCUCUGGAAUAAGAAGAAUAUCUCUCUCAAGAAGCAUUCUUCAAUAAAUCAUUCAGAAUAUUCUAGAUGUAGAAUCUAGUAUGUAGUAUGAUUAACCUGGGUCAUCACUUUUUAGCCUUAAUAUAACAGUAAAAUAGUUUUCAUUGAUUGAAAUUAGGGCAGGUGUUGUUUAAUUGUGUACUUUUUUUUAAUAUUAAUAUGCUAAAACAUUGUGUACCUGUGAAUAGAUGUUUGGGGAUUAGUUUUUCUAGAAUAAUUUAAUGGAGGAAUUUUGUGUAUUUAUGAGUAAAUGUUUGGAGGUUGGGUUUUCAGUAACUUUUUAAAAUCUAACGUAAAAGCUAAGAUUACAUUUUUCCUAAGAGCCGUUUGACUUAUUUGAAUGGGAAAGUAAUGCCCAAAGCUACAUUUUAACAUUAGUUUGCAUUGAUCUUGGGUCACCAGAAGCACGUAAGCUAUAGUGCUAUUUAAAUAAUUUAAUUUCUCUGCUACAUACACAUUAAAACAUUCCUUUCAAGAGAAUAUCCUGCAUGAAUAGGCAGGAAAUGUACUGCUCUAGCCAUUGUAAAACAAUCUGUUCACCUUGUUGUUCAGUUUUCCACUUCAGUUAAAAUCAACCAACAAUGUUAUUAUUAUUAUUAUUAUUAUUAUUAUUAUUAUUAUUAUUAUUAUUAUUAUUAUUAUUAUUAUUAUUAUUAUAACAAUAGUUCAAAGUCUGAAGCUCUGAUUAUCUAGAUCCAACCACUUUCAUCUAUGUUAAACAAAAUAAUCACACUAAUUAAAUGUCUGAAAUUGA